AUGGAUGACUCUCUCGAUUCUGGUCAUUUUGUUGAAUAUGAUUGGCUUGAGACUCUCAAUGGCAAAAUUGGUGUGUUCGCAGUAAUAGUAGCCAUAAUUUUUGUAGUUAUUAUAAUUCUUACAUUCAUCGUACGAAUCUUUCAAUUUCCCCAAUUCCGUCAACAAUUUAUAAAUUAUUUCAUUGAUGACAAUACUCGAAGCGUUCCCACAAGAAUACUUAAAAUAAUUACUUUCUUACUUCUGACUUUCGGUUUUGUAGCAGUCACUUCAUAUAAUGUUCGUAAAAUGAUAUUUUAUCCUCCCAAGUUAUCCAUGACAUUGGAAGAGAAUAAAUCUUUUCCAUCUAUGCUCUUUUGUCUUAACACUCAGAAUCCUGACGCUAAACUCGAAAUUGUAAUUGCAAAAUAUUAUGUCAGUUUUGAUACUUAUGUCAGGAAAAAUAAUUCUGCCCCAUUCAUUAAUUUAAUCAAAUCACGAGUUUUUACUACUAUUUCUGGAGAACAUGGUGAUUGUGAAUUUUUUAAUGGUACAUUGUUCCCAUCAUUUUUGAAGCAGGAGGUUAAUGCUGCUGGGGUUUUUGUUCUAGUCUUUAAAUCUUCUGAUGUUAUAUUUUUCAUGGGUGACACCAACAAUGAUAUAGACUGGUCACGCUCCAUUCCUCAAGGGAACAAAUUUAGUUAUGUAGAUGUUUUAACAUUAAAAAAUAUGAGUAUGUUACAAUAUACAGAGACACGCACUAAAGUUUUAAAUGGAACCACAUAUCGAAGUUUUCAGAUGGCUUUUAAGGGUCAUGUUGAUUCUACUGUCAAAGAUGAAAAUUUGGUUGGAAUUAUACUCUCUUCACCGACACAUAUUAUGACACAGGUUCUAAAACCAUCCCUUACAUUAUUUGAACUUUUUAGUAAUAUCGGUGGUUACAUUAGCAUUUGGGGAGUUUUCGUCUUUCUUUUUGGUCGUGGCAAGAUGGACCCAUUCGGGUUUGUCUCACGCUUUAUAUUCAUAGAACAUGAUAGAGCGAAACUUCUUAAAGAAUUGGGGAAAAUUAAAGAUGAUAGAAGUGUAAAAUUAAAUAUCUCGAAAAAAGAGGAAAAUUUUAAUGAAUUUAGUAAUCUCAAUAAUCAAACUGAAUUAAAAAAUCUACUUGCAAAAUACUAUAUCUACAUGGAUUUCUACGAACAUGCUGUCAAAACACUUGACGUGUAA